AACUUCAAAGCACAAAGAGAAUAUUCAAAAUAAAAUUAAACUUAUUCCUCGCUGGAAUCGAGUCGGGGAGACGAAGUGACGCCGGUUGGUGAAAGCUUUCGGGAAGCCGAUUGGCCGAUGUUUCUUCUCUCCUCUGGAUGAAAAAGAAAGUAAACAUGGGGACAUGAGAUGUCUGCACCAUGUAUGAACCUAGCAAGGAUGCCUAGAUUGCAAAAGAAGUGAGAGGGUAUGGCAUAGAAGUGCUAGGAAUCUGCGAAAGCAGAUGGAAUUGGAAUGGAAGUGGACUCUGCAAACUGUCAAGUGUAGAGUCAAUAAUCUACUCCGGUAUUGUUGCACAGAUGCCAACCACGAGCAAACUGAGUUAUGGAGUGGUUAUCAUGAUGUUUCCAAGAGCAUUAAAGUCUCUCGCUGCCUUGCCUCUUCUGUUGACUUGUUAGUUUUCGCCUGUAGGUCUUCGAGUUUGUGUGAUAAGACGUUGAAUAUAAAUCAUCAGCGAAAUCCAAAUCUUCUAGGGUCUUUUCAUCGGUCCAGCCAGCGUAUACCCCUCUUUCCGCUCCCCAAAGUUUGCUGCAUGAUCCAGUUGAGUGGAGUCGACCACAAUGAGUAAGAUGAUGGAUGAUAGUAGGUGGCAACCUUUUCCUACUCCUGUCCUCUGUCUUCACUUCGAAGGCCUCUCUGAACUAUCGAUUGUGAAUCACUUGGCCUUGAGCAUCCUCAUAUAACAUAUAGCUUAGCUGUUGUUGAAUGAAGUUGAUAAAUGUUUGUAGCACUAAGAC